UUGCCGAGAUGACCCUUGUAUUGUAUAUUCUCCACACCUCAAAAUAAAAAUUAAUUUAAGAUUUGUUUCAAACAGGUCUCCCGAUUUAAAGACGGUGCUUGAAAGUUUAGAACAAGGUGUUCAGAGAGGGUCAGCCCCCAUCCACAACUGCAUAAAUGUGUGCCGCGAGUUCCUACUGGAAGGUUCUUUUAGAGCUUUUCGAAGAGCACACUUCAAUCCCCUUCAUCAUUUAAAUAUAAUGUUUGUUGAUGGCGAGGGACAGAGUGAGGGGGCUGUGGACGACGGUGGUCCCAGCCGCGAAUUCCUGCGACUCCUAGUUGCAGCACUACGAGAUAGCCGCUACUUUGAAGGGCCAGAGGGCAGCAAAAAUCUGUCACUGGUACACCGGGGCGUAGAGUUUGGUGACUAUAAAAUCAUUGGCCAAAUGCUGUCCCUGGCCCUUCUCCAAGGAGGAGUACGGCCCUCUUUUUUAUCUCAAAGGCUGUAUACGCAGCUAUGUCGGCAACAAACAGGCCCAGUCUCAUUGGAGGAGGUUGGCGAUUGGGAACUGCGUCAGCACCUUGAUAAAAUAAAGGCUGCAGAAACCUUUGAUGAAGCCCAGCGUGCUGUUGGGGAAGCCUGGCCGGCACUAUGUACCCUGGGCUGUGCAAUGUCUCUCCUAAACAUGGAGAGCCGGCAGGCUCUUAUUGAGGAGGCAGCAAGGGCCCAUGUUGAGGGGCGCGUUAAACCUGCACUGGACCAGCUCAUUGAGGGAUUGGAUUGCCUCAAGGUCGCUGAGGCAAUGAGGGCCCACCCUGACAUCCUUCGCCCCAUCUUUGUUUCUGGACAUGCCCAGCUCACAGUCCAGAGCAUGAUGACCCUUUUUGAGACAGUCUUCUCUCCACCUGGCAGCAAUGCCCGGAGAAGGGAAAAUCUGACACUCACCUUUUGGAGGGACUGGCUUAUUGAAGUUGGCGAUGGUACAAGAGCAGUCACUCUUCAAAAAAUAUUGAUUUUUGUUUCUGGAGUGGAACAAAUCCCUCCACUUGGCUUCCCCCACAAGCCUCAAAUUGAGUUUCUACACACCCCUCUCGAAGAUGGUUCCCGGCGGCGCUAUCCGGAAGCCAACACGUGCAGCGUUAUUUUGAGGCUUCCGAUUCAUGAGACGUUUGACGACUUUGUAGAUUACAUGGAGUCAAGCAUUUUGCAGUCUCCAACUUUUGGUUUUGUUUAG